CCCGCGCCACCAUUACCUCGCACGGAGGCAAGGAGGACCUGCUCGCUCUCGCCGCCCGGCUCUGGCAGCGGAGGAGGCGGCUGCUGGCCGCCGCCGGGCUCGCCCUGGCCAUGGCCGUCGCUCUGCUCGUCGCCGUGCCCCUGCUGCUGCUGCAGGCGCCCGCCGAGAGCGGUGCCCACUACGAGAUGAUGGGCACCUGCCGCAUGAUCUGCGACCCCUACAGCGGCGCCCGCCCGCCCGGCCCCGGCAGCACCGCCGCCGUGGAGGCCCUGCAGGACCUGGGGGCCAACCCCCCGCCGCCCUUCGCGCAGGGACCCAAGGGGGAGCCGGGCCGGCCGGGCAAGCCGGGACCCCGCGGCCCCCCCGGGGAGCCGGGCCCGCCGGGCCCUCGGGGGCCGCCGGGGGAGCGGGGGGACGCGGGGAAGCCGGGGCUGCCGGGGCUGCCGCUGGCGGGGACGGGCGGCGGCGGCAGCGGCGGCGGAGCGGCGGCGGGCGGCGAGGCGGCGGGCGGGCUGAGCGCUGCCUUCGGGGGGCCGCGCAUCGCCUUCUACGUGGGGCUGAAGAGCCCCCACGAGGGCUACGAGGUGCUCAAGUUCGACGACGUGGUGACCAACCUGGGCAAUCACUACGAGCCGGCCAGCGGCAAGUUCACCUGCCAGGUGCGCGGCAUCUACUUCUUCACCUACCACAUCCUCAUGCGGGGCGGCGACGGCACCAGCAUGUGGGCCGACCUCUGCAAGAACGGGCAGGUGCGGGCCAGCGCCAUCGCGCAGGACGCCGACCAGAACUACGACUACGCCAGCAACAGCGUGGUGCUGCACCUGGACUCCGGCGACGAGGUGUACGUCAAGCUGGACGGAGGCAAGGCGCACGGGGGCAACAACAAUAAGUACAGCACUUUCUCUGGCUUUCUUUUAUACCCCGAUUAAAGCGCGGUGAGCGACGUGGCCCAGCCGAUCCCGCGUUUCCCCUCUGACCCCCGCUGUGCCGCGGUUCCCUGCUGCUCUCCACGGGUCACUUCAGCUUCGUUAUCGGUUUCUAUGUUUUUCUCUUUUUCUUUUCCCGUGGAAACAAAAUACAUGUGGACAACGCGACCCCUCCCUGGCUGCCCCCUUUUCCUGAGCCCCGUCCUCAUGUCAGUGUUCUGUGUCACACCAGGAACCCAAGCGGUUCCUGCGCUGUAUCAGAGAUUCAGAGUUCAGCCUGUGCCAUACACAGCAUUUGAACUGCUCGAAUAUUAUUUUUUUGGUCAAUGAAUAUUAACUACAAUGAUGAAUUUUCAGAUGGAUUAUUCAUGAUGUGGCACUGGACCAUAUUUUUUCCUCUGCUGCUUCAUUUGUAUGGGGUCAAAUGUAAACUUUUCUGUGCAAUGCGAUGCUCGUGUGAACGAUGAUGUCACUAACGUCAAACCUGUUCCUGUCUGCGAAAGAAUUCAGUCGUUGACCACACUCACCAAAAUAUCACAUUAAAUUAUG